CAUUCGAAGAGCCCCCGUUGGGUGGAAAAGUCAAUUUUUCUCAUUUGGGAGACUGCAUUAAACAUCAAGAGAGUGAGAAACAAGAACACCCAACUGAUUUAAAACAAAAAAAAAGAAAGAAACAAAAUAUCAGAAUCAAAAUUUAUCCAAAGAAAAAGCUCAAUUGGCAAUUUUUUUUUGGAGGAGGAAGUUCUGUGGUGAAAGAAAAAGCUUAUUGAACUAUUUUGGAAUUUUAAAAUAUAAAAGAAAGAAAGAGGAAAAGGUAUCAUCAAUCAUUGCAUCACCUCCGAGGCGACUCUAUUUCUCAGGGCAUGAUACAAAAAAUGCCACAAGAAUCUCACAUGGGAGAAUCUGUGAUGAUAAGAAUGUGACAAAUCUUCCGCCAGUGGCCACAAAUCGUGAGGCUGACUUGAGGCGUGAUCAGGCACAGAAUCGUCGUCAAUUUGUCCUAAAUACACAGAAAUUCCUCCAAAAUCGCGACAAUACACGCCAAAUAUCACCAGCAAGUGCUGGAAGUGAUCACGUCACGAGAUCAUGUGGCCUCUGUGGUUUUAUCCCAGUUGUCUGCACAAAACGCAACAAUGUGUCGUGCGAACGUGAAUGUUCAGCAAUUAUAAUUGAUGAUCAUCUGCCGGCAAAGGCGCCAAAUCACAUUUAUUUGCUCAAUACACCAUCGGCAGAAAGUGCAACAAUUGUUGGUGGUAACAAAUUACUGCCACAGCGUGAGAAUCGAAGCAUGGACAGAAGUGUGGACUCCAUCGGAAGCUGCUCCCUCGAUGUUGAUGCAGAGUCCACUGAUUUCUCAGAUACUUCGGGAAGUUUCAAUUUGCUAACACCAUCGAGUGCCAAGGAUUUUCCACGGGAAUUUAUAACGCGAAUUCACGAGAGGAGUCAGUGUCCACCACCUCAGUCCGUGAUUCGGCAGCAGACGUCAAUAGUGCUGGAUCCUCAAUCGGGUCGUGUCAAUACGAUACUGUCUGGGCAACCACCACCGCCGACAAUUGUUGAGAGUCCUCCGCCGGGUGCUGUUGUGGAGGAGACAAAGAAGCCCAGUUAUCUGAAUUUGGCGUGCUGUGUCAAUGGAUAUUCGCAUUUGACGACGUAUAAUUCAAAAUUGAGGCAGGAUAUUAAUAAAUCGAGAGAAGUUUCACCCAUUCGACCAAUAACCUAUACCAAAACCAACGCCAGUGGAAAACUUUUUGUUCCACCUCCAGUUGCUACCAUAAGACUCUCUGGAGAUCCAAUGGAGAGUCACAGAUCGGUGAUGUCGCCGGAAAAGCGACUCUUUACACAACACAUAAUGGCUAUGGAGACGACAAAUGGGACUGGAGAUGAUACAACGGACAAUGUUCGGCAUUUCCGGACAACCAAAUAUAUUCACACAAUGUCCACAACAACGACAUCAAAGAAGAUUGUGGAGGAAAAUGGAGUGCAACAGCAUCAGCAGCAACAACAGUAUAAGGCAGGAAGUAUAGCACCACAUGUGGAAAAAUUAUUUGGUCCUGGUGCCUUGGCACAGGGUUUCCAUACAAAUCGUCGUUCAAUGGAAAAUGGCCAGACAACUUGUGUGCUGACGGAGAAAUCAAUGAAUUCACGAAAUUUCUUCUCGCCCGUGGUGAAGAUGACGAGAAAGGAGGCCAUAGCAAAUGGUGGGCAGGAGACAACAACAACAACACCAUAUUCAGAAAAUGGUAAAGGUUUAGAGAAUCUCAAGGAUUUGAAAGAUGCCCUGCCAGUUCUCAGGUACUUGAGCCCGGAAUUCAAGAAGCAACUGCCAAUUUGUGCAUCACCACGACGAUAUGUACCGCCCACGAGGGAGGAUCACAGUGGUCAGAUGACAAAUGGGGUGCGACAUCAUGCCACAGAGACAAAUAAUGUGACAACUGUGAAGAUAACAUCACCCACAAAGAUUUUACAGUCAGCGGUGAUUGACAAGGAAGUGGUGAGUUCACCGGUGAGAUUAGUAGAGAAGAUUGGGGAUACUCAGGCUGAUACAAAGGAGGACAAGGCUGCAAAGGAAGUUGGUGAUUUGAAGACGAAGGAUGGCAACUACUUCCUGGAUAUUUUAGCGACGGAGAGGGGACGAAUUCUGUCUCUAGCUGACAAAGUUGAUAGUUACAUGGAGCAAAUAAAAGACAAGGAUGUUUCUGAGGAAGUUGUUGGAUACCUGAGAGCAGCGUCAGGCAAAGCGAGGCUCCUGGCGGCGCAGAAGAUGAAACAGUUUGAGGGACUCUGCCACAGUAAUCUGACCCAGUCACCAGAUGAGAAAUUCCAAACGACUGCUGAAGAUCUUCAAGGAUUCUGGGAUAUGGUGAUGCUUCAAGUCAAUCACGUGGAUUCACUUUUUGAGGAGAUUGAGGUGCUGAAGGUGAACAACUGGAAGAAGAAAUCCGUGGAGGCUAAAGCUCCACCUCAGGGAGCUAAACUGACCAAGCGACCAUUGGCUACGAAGGGUUCAACAUCAUCAUCAACGAGCUCAGGGCCGGCCAAGAAGUCCGCUGCAGCCACUUUGGCUGCGCAGAAGCGUGAAGCUCAGAGGAAACAAUUGAUGGAGAUGAAGAAGAAGAGUCGCAUGGCCAUGAAUCAGGCUCAGAAUGGUGACAAUGCUGCCGGAAAUGACGAUUCUGUCAGCACAAAGUCCAACGGCGUAGAUAAGGUUUGAGUACUUUCUCUCGUUGACGUUUCUUUGUUUGACUCGAAUAUCGCGCGUAGAUGCUUCAGAUAAAUUUACGUUAAUGCUAAAGAUGUCCUCGAUGGAUUAUCUGUCUUUCGGUCCAAUUUAGAGAUGUUUUUUUUUAUUAUUUAAUUUGAUGAUGCCCAAGAAUUUGUGGUGAUUUCAUAAAUUUUACUGUCUGCAAAAAAGAAAACCAGGAAAAAAACGAUGUAAAUUGUAAGAAAAAACUUCGUGUCUUCAUUUAAAAGCACAAAUUAUCAGACGAAAAAAUCAUGGAAAUUAUAUAACAAUAAGAAAAUAAUUUUUAAUUUCAGUCCCAGUUUUCUCAUGAUUUUUUUUAGAAGAGAUUUAAAAUCAAAAAGUACAAUUUUGUGUAGUUGUUUUGUUAUUUGAAAUGUUUCUGCUCGAAAUUAUGUGUUCUUGCAAAAAAAAAAGAAAUUGCAAUGUUAAACGGUUUAAAAAAAAAAUCUAGAAUGAAUUGUAAGCAUCACGGAAAUUAAUCGAAAACGCGCAUUAGAAAUUGAUUAGUAAUAAAAAAAAAUAAAUAAAUUAUGAGAGACGAUGAAAAAGAAUAAUUCCUAAAUAAACAAGAAAUAAACAACUCUUUGAUGACUAAAAAAAAAACAAUUGUAACCUGAAAAAAAUUAAUAUUAAAUCUUUUUGUUGUACAUAAAA